CACCGCCGCCCCGGCCAGGCGCAGUCCUGCAGCUUCGUGGCGUGGGACAACUGCUGGAAAAAACACAUUGAAAGUGAACGAGAAGCUGCAAGAAGAUGGUCUCACAAAUGGGGAUUCUUGAAAACUCCUCCUAAGGAGUUGAUUGAAGAUGAAAAGAAAGAAAAUACAAAGCCCAAGAUACAACUUCCAGAACAUCUGCAGGUUCGACCUGUGACACCCAUGGAAAAAUACAUUAAGGUGACUCCAUCUCCCCCAGUACCUAAGACUACCCAGGGAUUUAUUGGCUGGAGAUCAGCAGUUCCAGGGUUGGAACUUGAACAUGGUUUUCAAAUCCAAAGCUGCAAAGGUACCUUUUUUAAGGAUUUGAAGUGGCCAUGUGAGCCCUCUGACUGACAUUAAAACAUAAUAGUUAAGCACACAGAUCCAUUUGUAUCCCUAAGUUAACACUCUGUAGUGGACUGUUGGACUGUUAGACUGUUAAACAUUUAUGCUUUAAAAACAAUUGAUGUAAACAUCCACAAUCAUUUUGUUAAAGUGCAAACAUUUCAGUGUAGCAUUUUACUUGUUACUGAUUUUUGGAAAUCUGUGGCAUCCAAGCUGUUACCA